AAUUCAGAUUGUGAUCUGAGUGAAGAUGCAUGUCAUGCGCCUGUCCAAGAUAUGGAUGUUCUCCACUAGCUUCUUGGUGGGUUGCUGAUUUGAGGGUGACCUGCAAGGCUGGUGUUACAGUUGCACCCAACCAAAAAGCCUAACCAGGAACAUUCCAUCACUCAGGCUAAGUCUACACUGUCAAGUGACUGAGCAGUAAAUCAGCCCCCGGCGCUGUCAAUGUCCACACUGGCAAGGCACUUAGUGCACAUUAGCUCCACAGGUAGCGCCUCCUCUGCAAGAAGCGUAGCACUUGCUGCACUCUGUAUAGCGUGCUGGGAUACCAGCGUGGACACCACGGUGUAGUACCGCACCCUGAAUGGCCUCCAACACCCUUUCCAGAAGGUCUUUUCUGGUCUCCCUGGUCAUCUGCGUGUCUGCAACAUGCCCUGAGCCAUGCAGACUCUGAACACAAGGAACAGAAGGAGGGGAGGACAGGGACAGGAUGGAGCACAGGGAGCAGCCCACAGUGACUCCUAAGGAAGCGAACACACUGGAGUCACUGCUAGUACUGCAGAUGCACAACUAUUCCCCUCUCCCUCCGCAGCCAGCGUCCCAACACUUUUUUCAAUACACCCCCCCAAUGCAAUUUGGGUACCACUCCGCCCCUCCGGUUCCAUCCACCACACUCCACACCUGCCUGCCCAGCCUCGACCUAUGCAGACUCUGGCAUGUUCCUGGUGCAUUCAACGCCCAUUCACACGCAGCUUAGCUCUGAUGAACUGUAGCCUCUUCCACAGCACAUCAGAUGGGGGCGCUGCAGAUGAACCUUGGACAUAUACAAACCUGUGAAAUUAUUGGGGCAUGCCUCACCCCCUGUCUCUCCCACCCUGUCCUUCCCUGGCUCCCACCAUGCAGAUGUUUGUUUCAUGCUUCACUAGGGUCCUACAUUUACUGUGUUUAAGAAAUGAAAUUCAUGUGCUUCAAAGAAAUCUUUAUUCCGUUACAUGAAAGCGAGCAAGCCAGCAUACCUCAGCAAAGCUACAAUUACUGUAAGGCUAAGUACAGUGCUUGGACCAAUGAGAGUAACCCCCUAGCAACGCAGCCACUGCACUCCCAUGCAUAGCAACAAGUUUUACUGACUUUCAGCAUCAAAUUGCUGCCUCAUGCCAUCCCUGAUCCUUACAGCUCCAUGCUGUGCUUUUAUAGCCCUGUUCAAACUUGGUCUCAAGGUGCUGAGCCUCAGUGGUCCAGCCCUGAGUAAAGUUUUCACCCUUUCCUUCACAAUUAUUAUGAAGGGUACAGCAUGCGGUGACAACCACAGGGAUGUUAUCAUUGGCUAAGUCUAGCUUCCCAAACAAACAUCGACAGCAGGCCUUCAAACAACCAAAAACACACUCCACAGUCAUUCUGCACCUCUUAGCCUGAUACUGAACUGCUCCUUGGGCUGUCGAGGCUCUAUGGCUUCAUGAGCCACGGCAUUAAAGAUAGGCAGGGUCUCCAAGGAUCAUAAUGGGCGUUUCCACUUCCCCCGUGGUCAUUUUCUGGUCUGGGAAGAAAGUCUCCACUUGAAGCUUCAUGGGCCCCCACACCUACUGUGACGGACCUGUGAGGAUCCGCACUGCCGAGGGGGAGGACCCGCCCCCCCAGAGAAGGAGAAGACGAGCCGGCGCCGCGGCCGGCCACAGCAGACCCGAUCCUCAGCUCAGCGGGGCCGGCGAGGAGCAGGGAAGUGGCGCAGCCCUGCCGCACGGGAGGCGGGGCCAAGUUACGCUGGUGCUCCCCGGUGUGAGACCCAGGGAGAGGACACGUCGGCGGAUGCCGGGAGGCUCGGGGUGGGGCCUCUGCCGCACCACUUGACGUCACGGCACAGGCCGACAGGGAGGGGGCGGGGCGCCGUCACUCGGCGUCUGCCCCCAGGCCGCUUGAAAAGCGGCAGGACCGGAGGCGGAGAGCGGACACUAGGAAGAAGCGGCCCCGUCCUGGCAGAGUGAGGGAGGACCUGCCUCCGCGCUGGAGGAAGCAGCGCAGGACCCGUGGGCCACCGGACCACCCAGGAGGACCAGAGACCGACCAAGUGGGGGAGCUGGGGAUUCAAGAACAACACAAACUCUUGCAAAGCUCACAAAAAUGAGGAGAGCUGAUAAUGCUGUGGCAUCCGUCAUCCAGCCUAAGAAGCCCAUGAUUAUUUGCAAAGGAUCGUGGAAGAGAGCGUAGCCAAUAUGAAAGACUCACACCCACCAGGAAAGACGUCACCUGCAGGCAUCCUCUUCAGACCGGGCCUGCCAUCCGGAAACAUGGCCAUCUGGUUACUGACCCAGGAGCUGUGGCACGUAAGGAGAGACAAUCAGAGUCUACGUCAGCAUGUGGAGCACUUGACAAAGACGGUUUCUGUGAUGGAGACCAGACUGGCUGCUCUCGAGCAAGCCCCGUGCCCAGAUGUGGCUGAGCACUCCUCAGGCACUGUCCUGGUUCCCUGUGUGGAGAAGGUCCAGACCCCUCUGGCAGACCUGAGUGAAGCAGGCCCCAUGGACUGUGGGAGAACUGGAACCGACCUGCUAGCUGGACCCCCAGAGGCUGUGGAGUCAGGGGAGGAUCCGUCUGCCCCUACAGGGAACUCCCUGCCCCCUCCCUCUCCUUCCGCAGCCAGCAUCCCCGACAGCUCCCUCCUGCACAUCUCCCCCCAGGAGGACAGGAGACUCUUUGAGGAGGCCAAGGGCGACAUUGCCAAGUACGCCCUGGCGGUGUUCAGACGCACGGUGCUGCAGGACUAUUUCCAGCGGUGGCGGGGGAAGGCCAAUGUGUCCGGCACGCACCAGAAAGCCGCCCUCUCGCCCAACCUGGUGAAUGCAGCGUUCAAAGCGGCAAAGCGGUGGAAGCCAAAGCUGUCACGCAGAGACUAUAGUAACAUCAAAAUCCAGAUCAACAGGUUCAUGCGAUACCGGAAGAGCAGAAGCCUGGUUGUGUCUCCAGGGCAGGUGUAACAGCCUGGCUCCCCCGGCUAGCUGGGCUUUGGGUCCUUCCUUCAGAAGGGUAAAGGGAAUCCUGGGAAACCUGCCAGCCCUGGGCCCCUCCCCACAGCUCCCAUGGGACCAGUUCGUAAGUUGUGCCUGUACAGAUCCCACAAGUUUGUGAUUUGGGGACGUUAUUGUUUUAUCUUCCUUAAGCCCAGGAGGGAUCAGUGAAGCAGUGCAACCAACGGACACUCUAUGUUGGUAAGACUCGCGCCAUCCACGGUAAUGAGCACAGCAUAAGUGUCUAAAAUAAAUUAACUUGCAGAGUCAUUCCAGCUGGCUAACAUGAGAAUGAUCAGCCCAAGCAUUGGAAACCUCUUUCAGAUUGCCAAGAUUUAGAAACCCGGGUUUAAUUAACGUGCAGCAAUGAGAUCUUUAGAGCUUUAGGGUAGAAUUUGCCACUAUGUGUUUAGUUUUUACUAAAUUGACAGUGACUUGUUAAGAGCAAAGAGAUGUUUUCAAUUCAGUGAAAUGUUCCUUGUAAAAAUGCUGGAUACAGUUUUAAUAAAAUCUAUCACUUCAUACAGGCUAUUCACAUGGUGGAACCACAUUAUUGUUCAUAUUUGACUGGACACAACUUAAAUAUGGAGAGAACUUGCUAAGCCUCAUAGC